AUGACGGUAAGCGAGGAUCCAGUUACCGUAUCCCUUGAUGCUCUCCAAACCGGUAUAGACAAUGAAACAUUAACGAAAGCUUUUGGACCCAACUCGCUAGGAAUUAUCAUUGUCCGAGAUUUACCACCAGAGUUUAAAAGGCUCAGACAGAAGGUGCUCACAAGCGCGUCAAUCUUGGCCAACCUUGAGAACGAAGAGCUCGAGAAACUUGAAUGCGAAGAGGCAAUGUGGUUGGUAGGGUGGUCUCGUGGAAGGGAAAAAUUGGCAAAUUCGUCUGUGCCUGAUUUCAAAAAGGGUUCGUUUUACAUGAACUGCGCCUUCCAUAAAGAUCCCAAGUUGGAGGGUCCCGAGCCUGAAUUGGUUGAAAAAUACCCCAAUUAUAAGCCGUAUACUGCAUCCAACAUUUGGCCAACCAAUGCCCUUCUUCAAGAUUUUGAACAUGAUUGCAAGGCAUUAUGCUCGUUGAUUAUCGAAGUUGCUGGGAGUGUUGCAAAAGCUUGCGACAAAUAUAUUUCAAGUAUUGAGGAUAACUAUCAUAAGGAAUACUUACAAGUGAUUGUGAAGAAUUCCACAUGCACCAAGGCACGAUUGUUGCAUUAUUUUCCCACGACAGAGAAAGAAGCGAUCGAAUCAGUUGAUGACUGGUGUGGCGAGCAUCUCGACCACUCGUGCAUCACGGGGCUAACUUCGGCUUUGUUCAUAGAUGAAUCGAAAGGAUCAACACACACGUUGGAUGCAUCGCCGGAUUCCAAAGCUGGAUUGUACAUCAAAAACAGAAAUGAUGAAGUUGUCAAAGUGAGCAUCCCUGCUGAUUGCUUAGCAUUUCAAUCUGGCUCUGCCUUGCAGGAAAUUUCCAAAGGCAAGUUCAAAGCGGUUCCACACUACGUGAAAGGGACCGACAAGCCAAAUAUCGCUCGUAAUACUUUGGCAGUUUUUUGUCAACCGGAUUUGGACGAAAUGGUCAACGACGUGGAGGACUUUGCAAAGUACUCUGAUAGGAUAUUAAGAGGUAAUCAUUAA